AUGUCGGCAAUCGACAAGAGCGGUGGUGCUGACCCGCGCCUUCUCGGCCGCGAAAGCUGGCCACAGCAGAACUCCGGCCAAAAGGAGCUAGAAGCAUCCAAGACUUCUGGAUCCGAAGCAGUGGAUGAGGUCUUGCAGAGGGCACCCGGGAGGUUCCGCGGCUUGGUUGGCGGUGCCUGGCAGAGGGUGCAAGGAAUCUUCCGCCGCAGCAGCAGCGGCACAGCAGACGAAGAAGAUCUUCAAGUUGGAGGAAACGACGCGUCCGCGGAUGGGGCCGAGAUGUUGGAGAGCCAGGCAGCCUCCUUUGACGGCGAUUUCCGGAUGCUGCCUCCCAGCGCCUGGGAGGCUCUGCAUGCUCGCUUCCGCCCGACAAAGCUCGAGCAGGAGGCAGACGCUGCAGCCACGUCUCCGGUGUCAAUCGAGACCGCCGCCACCGACAUGCCCGUCGAAACGACGAGCCAAGCGUCGGAAUCCCAAGAUCCGGCAUUGACCGAAGCACCGCCGUCGCCGGAGAGCGACUGGUGGCUGGCCUUGUGCAUCGCCGUGCAGCAGUCGAUGAUCUUCUCCUCUUCGGGGGAUACCUGCAGCACGCUGUCAAGCGGCCUGAGGUGGGGAGUCGUGAGUGGCAUCGGGCAAGCGGACGUGAUUUUCGAUCGAUGCAAAGUGUCAGUCUUCGAGAGAUGGCUGGUGAAGCGAAAGAAGAGCUGGGCACCGAGUUUGGACGCAGAGUUUCUGGCAGAGAGUGCGUCCAACGAUGCCGAAUUGCCUUCUCCCGGCUCCGCAGAGGCACCUGAGGCCUCGCGAGCAGCCGCCGGAGCCGGUGGGACUGCGGUGCCAGAGAUGCAGGAGCUGCGCGAGCAGCUGGAGAAGAAGGAUCGUGCCAUCCUCCAGCUGCAGGCGGACAACCACCGCGAGCAGCAAACCCGCGACAAGCAGUCUGCCGAGAAGCAGAUGAUGCUGAGCGAGGAGUUGCGCGAGAUGACGCAGCGCGCAGAGCACUUGUCGGAGCAAGUGCGCAAGAGCAAGAAGCGCGGCACGGAGCUGCAGGAGGCCAAGGACUCCGUCCGCUCCGAGCUUCGGGAGUGCCAGGCGCAGCUCAGGAAAGAGAUUUCGGUUCGUUCCGAAAUCCAGACGGAGGCCAUGGAGGCUGAGAUGUUUUUCAGCCUCAGCGAGACGAAGCAGGAGGCGGAUGCCACCGACGCCAUCUCCUUGGGUGAUGAUGCAUCUGGUGCAGGCACAAAGAAGCUGCCAGGUGAUGAGGCACCUAGCGCAGGUGCAAAGAAGCUUUCAGGCUACCAGGGUAAGCUUGCUCAAUGCCUUGCGGUGCUGCGGAGGCUCCAAGGGGAGCUUUCCUCAGAGCUCCGCGCCCGCGCACCAGGUAGAAGUUCUGACGACUCGGAAGCAAUGACUCGGAUAUUCCAGCAGAUAGACAAGGCGCAGCAUCUCAUCGACGGCGUGCUGCCAAGUGCCGGAAGCAGCCCACUUGCUGGGGCCGGCCCGCCUUCGUCGAGCACCAAGCAGCCUGCAAGCCCAGAAGCAGAGAGGCCGCUACCCGAGGACCUGAAAAACCUGGUCCGGGGAGUCUCGACUCCAAGUUCGCUCGUGGGAUCCCCUCCCAGCAAAGACUCCGAGGAGGCCUUGUUGAUGAAGCUGGACAUCAACGAGAUCCGUGUCGCUGCCGAACUGGAGAAGCAGAAGCUGAUCACGGAGCACUGCGAUGAGUUAGACGACCUCGUGCGCCGGCACGACAAGGAGAGGCGGGAGUUGCACAGGGAGCUAGCCGAGCUGCGCUCGGAUCACGCUCGUGUCGAGGCGUCUGAGACGCUUCUACAGCCUCUUCAGGAAAUUCGUGAGCAUUUCGAGAGCCAGGUCGUUGAGGUGAAGCAGGAGCUUGUGACACAGUUGGCCGAUAUUCAAGAACGAAAUCGUAUGCAGAGUGGCGAGGUGCAACUGGAGAUGCGUCAGCUCAGAGAUGAGCUCAAGAGGUGCCAGGACGAGCUCUCCAGUAGCCAGGCCGAGUUUCGGACGCUCUCCAUGCUCUACGACAAGGAGCAGCGCGAGAACUACCGCCUACGGCAGGAAAGCCAGCAACAAAGUGAGAUGGCCUCCGGUCGGCACGAGGCCAUUGGAUUGGAACCUGUUGCCAGCGACGUGGCAAAUCAGCAUCCCACCCUCACUUCAGCAGACUACUCCAUGGACACCACCGUGGCAACCGACAUCCUGCCCGUGUCCGUGGCUUCUCCGGAGCGCGCCCACGAGGCUGCGACAGCGAGCAACAGCAACUCUGUCACGAUGGUGGUCGAAGAGAGCCAGGCAGCAGCUGGAGCACAGCUGCAGGUCGCCGGCAUUCCUGCGCCGCUGCCGGCACCCUCAGCCGCGGUGAAGCAGGUGGGCAUGAAGAUCAAGUCCACAGUCCAGGAUGAGGGCCGAGAAGCGCCAGCGGCACCACCACUUGUGCCAACCCCAACGCAGGCUCGGCCGAGCAUUCCGGCGGUGUCGGUGCUGCGCACUGCACUGCCGAUUGCUGCGGUCCAAAGCCGCACGCUGCCAGCAGCAGCAUUUCAUCAAGCACAUGACAGGCUUGGCACGAUGGCUGCUGCUCCCCAGACCCCCACGGUGUGCUCGGUGGUGACCACCGGCCCAACCUCACACCGAAGGGUUGGCACCACCACCACAACGACGACCACCACAAGGCCCUUCAUCCCGCACCAUCGCAGUGCGUCUACCUCGUCAUGA